CUUGCUCACGUGGGAGAGACCUUUCUGUUUCCGCUUCCGGUUAGCGAGCGGCGCCGCCUGCUUCGGCCAUCGGGACGUGAGGCGCUGAGAUGGAGCCGGCGGGCUCUGCGGCCGCUAGUCGGAACCCCGCGCGGAAGCGUGGCCGGGCGCAGAAGAAGCGUGUCUGGGCGCAGAAGAAGCGGCGCCCGGCGCAGCGGACCAAAACACCCAGCGAUGGGGGCGAGGAGGCCCGACGCGCCCGGCACCUGGCGAUGCUGGCCGGGAAGCCGCUGAUGGAGCGGUGCCUGGAGGAGCUGGUGUUCGGCGGCAGCCAGGAUGCCGAGGAGGAGGAGCUGCUGCAGCGGUUGCGGGGCCCGGGCAAACAGCUUGAUGAUGUAGUCACGGGAAAUCUUCUAAAAGAGGACUCCAGUGGCUCAGAAGUGGAGAAUGAAGCAAAAGAUAAUUUUCCUCCAUCUAAAAAACCAGCAUGGGUGGAUGAUGAAGAUGAAGCCGAGGAAAUAAUUGACAUGACCCACCGUUAUCGGAAAGACAUGAUGAAAAGUGAUGCAGAGAAGAAGCUUACCAAAGAAAAAGUUCAGAAGAGGCUUCAAGAACAAUUUCAGCGAGCUAUGGGAGGAGUGCCGUUCUGGGCCCAGAAAGACACAAAAAAAGCCAGAAAAAGUGCAAAUGAUGAUGACAGUGAUGAAGAUGAUGAGCUGCUCCGCAAGACGGGCAAUUUUGUGUCUGCAUCAGAGUCUUUACCAAGAGGCAUUUUACAGAUGAAAAAUUGCUUGGACGCUAAUAAUGAACGCCCUUCUGAUGCUAAACUGAGAACAGUGCAGUUCCAUCCUUCUGCACAAGUAGUUAUGACUGCUGGACAAGAUCGGUCUAUAUCACUGUUUCAGGUGGAUGGUAAAACCAAUCCAAAGAUACAGAGCAUACAUCUGGAAAGCUUUCCAGUCUAUAAGGCUCGUUUCAGUGCUGAUGGAGAACAAGUUAUAGCUACUGGUGCACGCAGGAAACUGUUUUAUGUGUAUGACAUGAUGAGUGGACAUAUUAUUCCUGUAAACCGAAUAAGAGGAAUACAAGAUAAAUUUAUCAAAAAGUUUGAAGUAUCUCCAGAUGGAUCGUUCCUGCUGCUUAAUGGGGCCUCAGGUUAUCUUCAUUUGUUGACAAUGAAGACAAAGGAGCUGAUUGGCAGCAUGAAAAUAAAUGGAAAGGCUGUUGCAUCAGCAUUCUCUCCAGAUAGCAGCAAAAUUUACACACAUUCUAAUGAGGGUGAAGUUUUCAUUUGGGAUGUGAAGAGUAGGCGCUGUCUAAACAGGUUCACUGAUGAAGGAUGUUUGCGUGGAACAUGUCUUGCUGUAUCAAAAAAUGGCCAGUACGUGGCAUGUGGCUCCUGUUCAGGAGUUGUGAAUGUGUAUACCCACGAUGUUUGCCUCAGAGAAACCAAUCCUAAACCAGUUAAAGCCAUAAUGAACUUGGUUACAGCUGCUACAUCUUUGACCUUCAAUCCUACCACAGAAAUUUUGGCAGUGGCCUCCAAUGCAGCAGAUGAUGCAGUCAGGCUGGUACACAUUCCUUCACUUACUGUGUUCUCAAACUUCCCAGUGUUCAGAAGAAAGCUCAUUUAUCUUGCUCAGACUAUGGACUUUUCUCCCAGAAGUGGUUUUUUUUCCAUAGGAAAUAACAAAGGCAAAGCUUUGUUGUAUAGGUUGAAACAUUAUUCGGAUUUCUAAGAGAGACGGUAUGAGGAAAGCUACUUUGAAUCACACAGGUAUGCUGUAAUCUUCAGUUACAAGCAUGCUGAUUUCAAAAAAAACAACACAAACUGCUAAUUUUUAAAAUACUUUUAUAUGUUUUCUGAAAGUUUUAUGAAACUACAUAAGUUCAAAUGUUGUGCUUGUUUGGUGGCUUUUGUGAGUAUUGUGUUGCUUAAUAAAAGCACCUGAUAACAUG